AUGAUAGAAAGUGACGUCUCAUCCAUAAUGUCAGGAAUUAUUCGACACUCAGGGCCAAGUCAUCACCGCUCUCCGCAGGAAUACAGGCUCCUGGCCACCACGGGCAACGAGGACCUUCCCGGGGACCUGCAGUCACUGUCGUGGCUCACAGCCGUGGACGUGCCCCGGCUGCAGCAGAUGGCAAGUGGCCGCGUGGACCUGGGUGGCCCCAGUGCACCACCCACUCACCCAGGUUCCCUGGCUGGGGUGGCUGACCUCCAUGCAGGAGCCACCCCAGGGCCCCUGCUCCAUGGCCCGGCAGGCCUGGCCCCCCCGGGCGUGCUGGGCCUGGGCCCCAUGGCCAGCCACAGAGCCAGCAUGACCCAGUUCCCUGUGGGGGGGCAGCCCCCCUCCAGCCUGCAGGACCCACCGCAGAUGUACUCUCCGGCUUCCCAGCCACCGUUCCCGCUCCCCCGAGGCGCCCAGCAGUGCCCUCCUGUAGGCCUGUAUGGCUCCCCGUUUGGGGCACGACCUCCCUACCCCCAGCCCCGCAUGGCUGUGCAUUCAUCUCAAGAGCUGCACCCCAAACACUACCCCAAGCCCAUCUACUCCUACAGCUGUCUGAUCGCCAUGGCCCUAAAGAACAGCAAGACGGGCAGCCUGCCUGUGAGCGAGAUCUACAGCUUCAUGAAGGAGCACUUCCCCUACUUCAAGACGGCGCCCGACGGCUGGAAGAACUCGGUGCGACACAACCUGUCCCUGAACAAGUGCUUCGAGAAGGUGGAGAACAAGACGGGCGGGUCCUCGCGCAAGGGCUGCCUGUGGGCCCUCAACCUGGCCCGCAUUGACAGGAUGGAGGAGGAGAUGCACAAGUGGAAGAGGAAGGACCUGGCUGCCAUCCACCGGAGCAUGGCCAACCCGGAGGAGCUGGACAAGCUGAUCUCGGACCGGCCAGAGAGCUGCCGCCGCCCUGGCAAACCCGGGGAGCCCGAGGCCCCCGUGCUGACCCACGCCACCACGGUGGCCAUGGCCCACGGCUGCCUGGCCGUCUCCCAGCUCCCGCCCCAGCCGCUGAUGACCCUGUCCCUGCAGUCGGUCCCCCUGCACCACCAGGUCCAGCCCCAGGCACACCUGGCCCCAGACUCGCCCGCCCCGGCCCAGACCCCACCCCUGCACGCCCUGCCGGACCUCACCCCCAGCCCCCUGCCCCACCCGGCCGUGGGCAGGGCUCCCGUGGACUUCAUCAACAUCAGCACCGACAUGAACCCCGAGGUGGAUGCCCUGGACCCCAGCAUCAUGGACUUUGCUCUGCAGGGGAACCUCUGGGAGGAGAUGAAGGACGAGGGCUUCAGCCUGGACACGCUGGGUGCCUUCGGAGACUCCCCCCUCGGCUGCGAGCCGGGGGCCUCGGGCCUGACCCCCGUCUCUGGCAGCAGUGAUCAGUCCUUCCCAGACUUGCAGGUGACGGGUCUGUACACGGCGUACUCGGCCCCGGACAGUGUGGCCGCGACGGCUGCCGCCGCCUCCUCUCAGUACCUGGGCGCCCCUGGCAACAAGCCCAUAGCCCUGCUGUGA